AUACACAUGUACAUACAAAAGACUGGUACAGAUUCUAGUCGUCUUUAGCUUUAUAGCAUAUACACGCAUUCGUUCAGGCACGAGCUAUAUAUAUAUAUACAUAUAUAUGUGUGUUUACUGCUAGAAAACAAUCUUAUCGACUAACUACAAAACCGGAAUCCUGGAAUUUACCAUGUCGUUGUCUGAUGACGAAGAUUUCCCUCUCGAAUGGGAUUUUACUGAUGAGAAAGUGCACUUUAGACCUGGAAACGGAACAGCCGUUGGACCCUACGCGGACCUUCCAAUGUUACAUGAGCCAGCUCCGUCAUCCGGAGUCGGAUCACCGUCUCCAGCAAUGCUCCCGUCCUUCGGGUUCACUCAGGAACAAGUAGCAUGUGUGUGCGAAGUUCUACAACAAGGUGGAAAUAUAGACAGACUUGCCAGGUUCUUGUGGUCAUUACCAGCGUGUGAACACCUACACAAAAAUGAAAGUGUAUUAAAAGCCAAGGCCGUGGUGGCCUUCCACAGAGGAAACUUUAAAGAACUUUAUAAAAUUCUUGAAAUCAAUAACUUUUCUCCCCAUAAUCAUCCCAAACUUCAAGCGCUGUGGCUAAAGGCGCAUUAUAUAGAGGCUGAGAAACUACGAGGUAGGCCUUUAGGAGCCGUGGGGAAGUACCGAGUAAGAAGGAAGUUCCCCCUCCCCAGGACUAUUUGGGAUGGAGAGGAGACGAGUUAUUGCUUUAAAGAGAAAUCCAGGAAUGUACUUCGGGACUGGUAUUCCCAUAAUCCCUACCCGUCCCCCCGGGAAAAACGUGAGCUGGCGGAGGGUACGGGACUGACCACCACUCAAGUUAGUAAUUGGUUCAAAAACAGACGACAGAGGGACAGAGCAGCGGAAGUUAAGGAUCGAGACGGUUCCGUCUAUUUCAGCGACCAUUCGCAAGGUGGGCAUCAACUUGGACAGGAUGUUGGUUCCCCUCAAAGUGAUACAACUAAGGAUGAUCUCAGUGACGAUGCUAUGUCUGUACCACAACACAUACAGACAAAACUGGAGCCCCAGGAGACGCCAAAUUCACACACACAUACCCACCCUCAUAGCUCCGUUUAUGCUGAUCUUCAAAAAGCAAUGCCUAACGCGCAUUUACACCCCAGCAUCGGAAACAGCGGUCCUCCGCCCGGAAGUGGGGUGUUAUCGGUCACAAACGGUUCAAACCAAGAUGUUGGACUUCUUCACGAAUAUCAGACACUAUGAAAGUAUUGACAAAACGUCUUUAACAGCAAAGUACUAAAACAAACGUGUGAAAAAUUAUUCAUGAUAUACUUGUCUGUGAAUAUUUGUGAGACCAAAGUUUACCAUGACGUGGUACAAAUUCUAGUGUGCCAUAAUAUUAAUAAUAAUAAUAAUAAUAAUAAUAAUAAUCAAACCUGUAGUAUUUGCGCAUGCUCGGAUAUGGACCGGAAGUACUGCCAGAAAUCAAAAUGUCUGUUUCCGGGCAAAAUGGCGGCCAUGCUGCUUGCCAACCUCACCUGACACUACGUUUGUCUCAGUAUGGAGAUAAUAAUACAUGGAUUUAGCAGAAUUCAAUAUCAUACACAAGAGAGAGUGAUCUGAGGGAGUAACUCAUUUUUAACAUGAUAUAGUUAAUGUUGUCUGUGGAAGUGUAAUGUGCUUGGUUGGAUGUUCAAGUGACCAAGACUGCGUGUCGGAAAUAUCCAUUCAGCUUUCUUUAUAAUUUUGUUCUGCAGGGCAUGUGUAUUGUUUUGAAAUUUAUUUUGCAGAAAAUCAAAAUAUGUUAGAUAAAAAAUGUUAUUAAAUUUAGAAUAUAGAUUAAGUGCAAUUCUGUCAUGCAGGCUAACACUUGUGUGUAUAAAAAUAACAGGAUAAUAUUGAAAGUCUACAUUUACCAAAUGUUAAUUAGAAAAUGUAACAUUUUGUUCAUAACCCAUACAUUUUUUUUGUAAAUAUAUAAACAUGUUUGAAAAGACUAAUACAAUCAACUUGUAGAGCUAGUCUACAAUUUAGUUAAUUUAAAAUAUGUUUGUGUAGACAAAGUGAGCAAUUUUAAAGAUAUUGUCUGUCAGAAUAUUUUACUACAAUUUAGGAUUUUUUUUUCAAAUAUGUUUUUUAUCUAUGGGGAUGUCUUAUUCACCAAGUGGAAGACAAAAUGAUAUUUUAUUCUAACGCAAACUAAUUUUCUGACAAAAAACACCUGCUACCCAAUAUUAAUAAUAAAUACAAUCAAAAUCUAUGUUUUUGUUAGUUUCAUUAUUGAAGCAUGUAUUUAAUUAAAUAAUUAUGACAAAAGA